UAUCUGUUCCGUUUUACAUGGCGUCGACUGUUUGUGGAGGUUCUGAUGGAGACACCGGGGCGGCGGUUGUCCUGCAGGUAGACAGCCCGAACGUUAAGUACUCUGAUGAGUACAUCGAGUCCACCGUCGAUUAUCCUGUAAACUACGCCAUGGAUCAAGGCAACACAAUUGUGAUAAAGCCCACAGUCACGAAAAUAAAGAUUCGAACAAAGAAAACGGUACCAAAAACUGGAUUAAUGAUGAUUGGCUUAGGCGGCAACAACGGUACUACCUUGACUGCUGGCAUUUUGGCAAAUAAAUUCGGUUAUACAUGGGAAACUAAAGAGGGUGUCAAGUCUCCAAAUUGGUAUGGUUCAAUAACACAAUCAUCUACAAUCCGUGUUGGUAUGGAUGCAAAUGGCAAGGAUGUAUACGUACCUCUAAAAAGCUUAGUACCUAUGAUUAAUCCCAAUGACAUAGAAAUUGAUGGUUGGGAUAUUUCAUCCUUGGACUUGAGUCAAGCUAUGAAAAGAUCAAAAGUAUUGAAUAUUGAUUUGCAAAGAAAAUUAAUGAAACACAUGUCAGAGAUCAAGCCACGACCAUCGAUUUACAUUCCAGACUUCAUAGCAGCUAAUCAGUCAUAUCGUGCUGAUAAUAUAAUUAAAGCUGAAAAAAAAUCAGAAGCUUUAGAUCAAAUCAGAAAAGAUAUAAGAGAUUUUAAAAAAAAUAAAGAAUUGGACCAGGUGGUUGUAUUAUGGACAGCUAAUACAGAACGAUUUAGUGAAGAAAUUGAAGGUUUUAAUGAUACAUCAGAUAAUCUUUUUAGAUCAAUUUGUAACAAUAGUACAGAAAUAUCACCAUCAACUUUAUUUGCUGUGGCAUCAAUUUUGGAAGGAUGUACUUACAUAAAUGGAUCACCAUCAAACACAUUCAUAAAAGGUGUGAUAGAAUUAGCUGAAAAAAGAGGUGUACAUAUAGCUGGGGAUGAUUUCAAAUCUGGACAAACUAAACUGAAGUCUGUUCUUGUAGACUUUUUAGUUACCGCUGGUAUUAAACCAGUAUCCAUAGUGAGCUAUAACCAUUUAGGAAACAAUGAUGGUUAUAAUUUGUCAGCACCUCAACAAUUUCGCUCCAAAGAAAUUUCUAAAAGUAGUGUUGUAGAUGAUAUGGUUCAGUCAAAUAAUAUACUUUACAAAACUCAUGAAAAACCAGAUCAUUGUAUUGUUAUUAAAUAUGUACCAUAUGUUGGAGAUUCCAAACGAGCAUUAGAUGAGUAUACAUCAGAAAUAUUCUUGAAUGGAACAAAUACAUUAGUCAUACAUAACACAUGUGAAGAUUCAUUACUAGCAGCUCCACUUAUAUUGGAUUUACUUAUAUUGGCUGAAGUAUUUAACAGAAUUGAGAUUGGAUCCGAUAAAUCAGAUUAUACACCAUUGCAUCCAGUAUUUUCUGUCUUAUCAUACUUACUCAAAGCACCUAUUGUACCAAAAGGAGCUCCAGUAGUUAAUUCUUUAUUCCGUCAGCGAGCAUGUAUUGAAAAUAUACUCAGAGCAUGUUUGGGAUUACCAGCUGAAAAUAACAUGUUGUUGGAAUACAUGUUACCAUCCCAGAUUUUUAAAGAUUUUAAAAAUGAAGAUCAGAAAAAUUCAACUUGUACAAAAUUUUAAUAGUAUACAACAAUAU